ACCUGGCUUCAACUACAAUGCAACAAGCUUUAGAACUGGCAUUGGAUCGUGCAGAGUAUAUCAUUGAAAGCGCCCGUCAGAGACCUCCCAAAAGAAAAUACUUAUCUGGUGGAAGAAAAUCUGUGUUUCAAAAACUGUAUGAUUUGUAUAUAGAAGAAUGUGAAAAAGAGCCUGAGAUAAAGCAGAAGCUGAGGCGAAAUGUGAACUUACUUGAGAAGCUGGUUAUGCAGGAGACGUUGUCAUGUCUGGUAGUGAACCUCUAUCCGGGGAAUGAGGGUUAUUCACUUAUGCUCAGGGGAAAAAAUGGUUCAGAUUCUGAGACCAUUCGGCUACCUUAUGAGGAAGGAGAGCUGCUUGAAUAUCUGGAUGCAGAGGAGCUACCACCUAUUUUGGUUGACCUUUUAGAAAAAUCUCAGGUUAAUAUUUUUCAUUGUGGAUGUGUCAUAGCAGAAAUACGUGACUAUAGGCAGUCUGGUAACAUGAAAUCUCCAACAUACCAAAGCAAGCACAUCCUUUUGCGUCCUACAAUGCAGACUUUAAUUUGUGAUGUGCACUCUAUAACAAGUGACAACCACAAAUGGACACAGGAAGACAAACUCCUACUUGAGAGCCAACUUAUUUUGGCUACAGCAGAGCCCUUGUGUCUUGAUCCUUCAAUAGCCGUGACCUGUACUACAAACAGACUCCUGUACAACAAGCAGAAGAUGAAUACUCGCCCCAUGAAACGGUGUUUCAAAAGGUACUCGAGGUCAUCUCUGAACAGACAGCAGGAAGUAGCUCACUAUUCAACUCCACCUCAGCUCAGACUACUUGACUACUUACAGAAGAGAAAGGAGAGGAAAGGAGCCCAGCAGUAUGACCUCAAAAUUUCUAAAGCUGGGAAUUGUGUAGAUAUGUGGAAACAGAACCCUUGCUACUUGACUGCACCUUCUGAAGUGGAUGUGGAAAAAUACGCCAAAGUGGAAAAGUCUAUCAAGCCUGAUGACUCUCAACCAACUGUCUGGCCGGCACAUGAAAUGAAAGAUGAUUAUGUGUUUGAAUGUGAAGUUGGUAAUCAGCUUCAAAAAACAAAACUGACCAUUUUUCAGUCCCCUGGCAAUCCCUUGUACUAUGGUAAAAUUCAGACACUCAAAGGUGAUGAGGAAAGUGACAACCUAGUUACUCCAUCACAGUUCCUUAUUGGCUCGAAGACUGAUGCUGAAAGAGUGGUGAACCAGUAUCAGGAGUUAGUACAAAAUGAAGCUAAAUGUCCUGUGAAAAUGUUUCAUAAUUCAGGUGGAUCAGUCAAUCUUAGUCAUCUUUCUCCAGGGAAGGAAAUGGAACAGCCAGAAAGUAUAUCAGGCUCUGUUCAGUCUUCUGUAUUGGGGAAAGGUGUAAAACACCGACCUCCUCCCAUCAAAUUACCUUCAAGUUCAGGAAGUAGCUCUUCAGGUAAUAUUUUUAGUCCACAACAGUCAAGUGGCCAUCUAAAAUCCCCAACUCCUCCUCCUCCUCCUUCUAAGCCUCCUGGUCUUUCUCGGAAGCAAUCUAUGGAUCUUAAUCAAGUUAGCAUGCUCUCUUCAGCUGCCAUGUCUCCUGCGAGCUCUUCACAAAGAACAACUUCCACCCAGGUCAUGGCAAACCCUGCAGGACUUAACUUCAUCAAUGUAGUGGGCUCUGUGUGUGGAGCACAGACACUGAUGAGUGGUUCAAACCCAAUGCUGGGGUGCAACGCUGGUGCCAUAGCCCCUGCAGGUAUAAAUCUGAGUGGCAUUUUACCAUCAGGAGGGCUGGUAUCAGGGGCGCUGCCCGCUGCAAUGCAGUCUGCCUCUCAAGCAGGUUACCCCUUUGGUUUGAAAAAUGCAUCAAAUCUUCGGCCCUUAAAUCUUCUGCAGCUUCCAAGUGGUUCACUUAUUUUUAACCCACAACAGCAGCAGAAUCUAACAAUUUUCUCUCAGCAACAGUCCCAGCAGCCUACAACCUGUAGUCAUCAGCAACAGGGAGAAGAGGGGUCUGACCAAGGUCCAUCCAAUCAAGAUCAGGCAUUAUCUGCCCAACAAGCUGCCGUAAUUAACCUGACUGGAGUAGGGAAUUUUAUGCAACCUCAAGCAACAGCAGUUGCGAUUCUUGCAGCAUCAAAUGGCUAUGGCAGCGGCAGCAGUACAAGCAGCUCACCUGCGUCAUCAACAGCGUUCAGGCAGCCACUCAAAAAGUAA